UGCCUUUCUGUAACCUUGUAAGUGACACAGCUAAGGGGCAUACAUAUAUUUGCCAAAUGGCUGGGCAUAAAGAUAAAAAGAGGUUAUAAUUAAUGAUUACAGUAAUGUUAUUAUAUGUGCUACAUUGUGUAUAAAAGCAUGGAUGUGUACAUCUGCAUUUGAGUUCCGUAUUUAAUUUUCAAAUGAAGAGAGAGGUCAGACUGAAGGCGGAGAUUUGUACUGUUAAGUGACAUGAAAGCAGUUGGGGCUGAGACUGCAGAGACUGUGCAGGCAAUGAAGGAUCUCUCUUGGCACAGAUUUGAAAGUGUUGGAGAUCCCAUCCCUGACUGAUAUACAUCCUGGGUUCUUCAAAUGUCAGGAAUGAAUUACCAACAUGACGUGGAAGGAUCCCAAAAUCUAUACUCAAGUAUUGAGCUGUCACCUGCAGGGCAGCAAUCCGGGGAUGUUGAAAGAUACAAUAUAAAGGAUAUUAAGAAGAGAGAAUGCAUAGUGUUCACCCAGGAUCCCAGUUCACAGGAGAGUCUGUGCAAGUGUGGAUAUCUCAAGAGACAGCACACUGAAGGUGUACAGACCAAUCAGAAUGAUAGGUGGAAUUACACGAGGCACACAAAAGAACUAUCCACAGAUGCAUAUGGGGAGAUUCAAUUUGAGACCUUUGGAAGAAGAGCAAAAUACAUUCGAUUGUCCAGAGACACAGCCCCUGCGAUUCUGUAUAAGCUUAUGACCAGUUACUGGCAGCUGAAGACCCCAAACCUUAUAAUUUCUGUGACUGGAGGUGCCAGGAACUUUUCUUUGAAACCAAGAAUACGCAAAAUCAUCAGACGCCUGAUUUAUAUUGCUCAGAGCAAGGGAGCUUGGAUCUUCACAGGGGGCACUCACAAUGGCUUGACAAAGUACAUUGGAGAAGUGGUCAGAGAUAACACCAUUAGCCAAAGCUCAGAAGGAAAAGUGGCGGCCAUUGGUAUUGCAGCCUGGGGAAUGAUCUCCAAUCGUGACUCGUUAAUUCGGAGCCCAGAUGAUGAGGGGAAAUACAUUGCCCAUUAUGUAAUGGAUGAGAAGAAGGAAGAUGGGCUUUACUGUCUCGACAACAACCACACUCACUUUAUCCUUGUAGACAAUGGAUCCCAUAAACAUCCAACAAUUGAAGCUGAACUCCGUGCUUCACUGGAGGGGUGUAUAUCUGAACUCACGGCUCCAGAUUCUGAUUACAGUGGAAAAAUUCCAAUUGUAUGCUUUGUUCAUUCAGGAGGGAAGGAAACACUUAAGGCAAUAAAUAGAGCCAUAAAAAGUAAGAUCCCCUGUGUUGUGGUUGAGGGAUCUGGGCAAAUAGCAGAUGUUAUUGCCAGCUUGGUGGAAACAGAGGGUACAUCAGUUCCAUCCACAAUAAUCAAAGAGAAGAUGCUUCAUUUCCUAAAAUACACUGUGUCUCGUCUGACGGAGGAUGAACUGGAGGCCUGGAUUCAAUGGAUAAAAGAGAUUAUGGAAAGCCCAAAUCUUCUGACCGUCAUUAAAAUUGAUGAAGCUGGGGAUGAAACUGUGAGCGAUGCCAUUUCUGCUGCCUUGUACAAAGCUUACAGCACCAGGGAACUGGAUAAGGGUAACUGGAAUGCACAACUGAAGCUUCUCCUGGAGUGGAACCAGCUGGAACUGGCAAACAAUGAGCUUUUUGCUAAUGGGCAGCAUUGGAAGACUGCUGAUCUGGAAGAUGCCAUGUUUACUGCACUUGUAAAGGAUAGGCCUGAGUUUGUCCGUCUCCUGCUAGAGAAUGGGCUUGAUCUGGACAAAUUUCUGAGCAGUGAGGUCCUUAGACAGCUUUUCUCAGAGCAUUUUAGCACCCAUGCCUUUAAGAGUCUGGAGAUGGCUGACAAAUCCUACAAUCCUUUGCUUACCUUUGUUUGGAGGAUGGUGCUAGUCUACCAGCCCAGCAAUAAGGAAAAGUGGAACAGCAGCGAUUAUAAGAUUCAGAAUAUUUCUUCAUUAAUAAAAAGACAUCCAACCCAGGUGCUAUUUAUAUGGGCUAUUCUCCAGAAUAAGAGAGAGCUAUCUACAGUUAUUUGGGAGCAGACUAAGGCAUGCACCCUUGCAGCCCUGGGUGCCAGCAAACUUCUGAAACACUUGGCUAAAGUGAACAAAGACAUUAAGACUGCUCAGGAGUCUGAGGAAAUGGCACACGAAUAUGAAACAAGAGCUGUAGAUUUAUUUACAGAAUGCUACAGCAAUGACAAGAAAUUAGCAGGGAUGUUGCUGGUUCAUUCCUGUGAGGCCUGGGGGAAGAGUAACUGCCUGGAUAUGGCAGUAGCAGCCAAUGACCAGCAGUUCAUAGCACAACCAGGAGUGCAGAACUUUCUUUCUAAACAAUGGUAUGGAGCAAUCUCUAGAGAUACCAAGACCUGGAAGAUUUUGUUGUCUCUCUUCAUCUUUCCUCUCAUUAGCUGUGGAUUUAUCACUUUCAGAAACAUUUCAAACAGAAAGAGAAGUCGACUUUGGAAAUACUGUGAUUUCUUCACUUCACCCUUUGUUGUGUUUUCCUGGACUGUUAUUUUUUACAUUGGAUUCCUCUUCCUCUUUGCCUAUGUCCUUCUCAUGGAUUUCCAGCCAAUCCCCACAGGCCUGGAGAUAGUAGUCUACUUGUUGGUUUUUAUCUUGCUGUGUAUUGAAAUAAGACAGAUGAUAAUUAGCAGAGCUGAGUAUUCUAGAGAUUGUUGGAACAUUAUGGAUUGUAUGGCUAUCCUGUACUUUAUUGUAGGAGUCUUAUUCAGGCUACAGAACUCUAACCCCAGUGCUCUAUACGUUGGAAGGGUGAUCUUGUGUCUGGAUUACAUUAUCUUCACAUUGAGGCUUAUUCAAAUCUUCACCAUCAGCCAGAACCUGGGACCAAAAAUAAUUAUGCUACAAAGAAUGUUUGUUGACGUAUUCUUCUUCCUCUUUCUCUUUGCUGUUUGGAUUGUUGCCUUUGGUGUAGCUAACCAAGGAAUUCUGCGUCUGAAUGAACAUCGUUGGGAAUGGAUAUUUCGCUCAGUUAUAUACCAGCCAUAUUUAGCCAUGUUUGGAGGACCUUUUUCUGAUGUGGAUGAAGCAACGUAUGAUUUUGACAAAUGUACCAUCACUGGUAAUGAGUCUAAACCGCUGUGUGUAGAGGUGGACAGUGAGAACAACCCUAGAUUUCCAGAGUGGAUCACCAUCCCACUGGUUUCUGUCUAUAUGCUUUCCACAAAUAUCCUGCUCGUGAACCUGCUUAUUGCCAUGUUUGGGUAUACUGUGGGAUCAGUGCAAGAUAACAACGAGCAAGUGUGGAAGUUCCAGCGAUAUUUUUUGGUCCAGGAAUAUUGCAGCCGAAUAACCAUCCCAUUCCCUUUUGUCAUUUUUGGGUACAUCUAUUUGAUAAUGAGGAACCUGUUCAGUUGGUGCUACAAAAAACAAGAGCCUCCACCCUUACCCUGCUGCUUCAACAAAGAGGAUAACAAAACCUUGGCCUGGGAAGCCGUAAUGAAGGAAAAUUACCUGGUGAAAAAGAUCAGUGAGACCCAAAACAACAGAGAGAUGGAACACAGGUUCAAGCAGCUGGAAGGAAAGCUGAAUGAAUUGCACAGUUUAGUGAUGGACCUGACUGUCAGAAUAAAGUGACCGCUAUUCCUGGAGAGGGAUAUGAAUAUUCUCCCUCAGACUGGAACACCAGCCUUCCUGCACCCACCUGAGCUAUUUGUUCUUCUCAAUGAAGCUCACCAAACUCACUCUUACAGAUCCAAAUCCUUCAUUCCAUCCAACAUUGUCAGCCAAGCAGAGCAUUUAUUGGUAGCAAAGCAGUGAUAUGCCAUUAUAUGGAAAGCCAAUCAUGAUUUGAACAAGGUGCUAACCACAAUUUGACUACAGGUAGAUGGCGGGGGAAACACCUGUCCUCUGACCUUGUGCCAGGUGCCUUAAAUGCACCAUACUUUAUGUGGUGCCAUGUGGGCAAGGUACUAAAAUACAUUGGCACACUGCUUGCCUUCUAAGUUUAGGGGUGGGCAAACCCUCUUCAGUCUGAUGCUGGAUGUGUACUUAAUAAAUGUUGAGCUCUACCUUUACAUUAUUGUUUACAUUUUAAUGAUGAAUUGUAAUGUUUAGUUAUGUCACUAAGUUUACUGAUUCUGUCACAAUCCCAUGUACCUUGUAUCAGAAUAAAUGUUGCUGAACUUUAUAUCCCCAUA